AAAGGGACAAGGGGUCUAAAGUAACUUGCUUUCUCAACCAGAAAUUGUUAGUUGACACCCUUUUUGUAGGGAUUGAGAGAGAGAGAGAGAGAGAGAGAGAGAGAGAGGGAGGCCCUUUUAGGGAAGAUAGAGAGGGAGAAGGGGGGUGAUGAAGGUGGGAUUGGAUUCCUCAUCAUCAAAACUACUCUAAUUUUGAAGUCUUUUCAGUUUUGGACCACUCCUCUACUCAUUUCCAUAACCUUUUCUUCUAAUUCUGGGUUUAAUGUUUUAGUUUUGUUGGGUUUUCUUCCAACCAUUUCAUUUUUCUAACAUUUCUGGCCUUCUCUAUCUGAUUUUGAACUAAACCUCACUGUUUAAAUCAUUCAUUCCUUCAUUGGGCAAGGUUGUAAUUAAUUUUUUGUAAUGAGAGCUUCAAUUUGCUUGUAUUUAAUUGUGAAUUUUUUCUUAUCUGUUCUGAAGUUGGGCAACUUAUGCUUUUUGGGUUACCCUUAAUGUUGUAAAUUAUUGUCAUGGUGUGGCCAUUUUUAGAAAUAUUUUUCAGUUAGAAAAUCAAAAAUAGGUGGGUCAGUGACAUGAUGGAUUUUGGAAGCAAGUUUGUUGUUUUUUCUUGUUCCAGUUGAGAUUAUUAUACCCUGGUUUAUGGCAUAUAAGUUCUGAUUUUGUUUGUGGUUACUGAUUUGCUGUUUUUCCCAGUGAUCUUGCUGUUUUUUUUGAAGCAAUUGUUUGAAAUUACUGCCUUUUUUUUUUGGGUUUCCUAUGAAAUUUCUUGUGAAAGGAGAAUUUUCUAAUGAUAUUCUUUGAAACUGCUUUUUAGGGGUCAAAUUUUUAAAAGAAGUUCAACUUUGAUUGAGAAAUUCUGUUUUUAUACUUUCUUAUCUCCGAAAAUCCAUUAUUUCCAAUCUGGGUAUUGUUCAUCUAUGCAAAUGGCGUUUCCCAGGUUCCAGUUAUGGGGUGUACCCUUGUGGUAUGGAAAGGAAGACAGAGAAAAAAUCUCUAAUUUAUGUUCUUCAAAUUCAAUAUCUGAUUUUGGUUUGGGGGUAAGAGAAAUUGAGAGUGUUAGAUUCCCAUAUAAGGAAACAAAACUUUCAUCUUCUUCCCCGAGAAAAAUAAAGAAGAAAUGGAAUAGUAGAGAAGAGAGGAAAAUUGAUAGAGAACAUGAUGGUGUUUUAGUUCCAAAUGAUGGGGUUUGCUUAUCAGGGUCUGAAUCUGAGGAUUCUGAUUGGUCUAUUGGGUGGUUGGAGCCUCAUGGACCUGAUUUCUUGAGUGAUGAUGAGACUGAUGAUAGCUUUGCAGUGCUUGUUCCAUGUUAUAGGAAUGAUAGAAGAGGGCCAAUGGAAGGUCCUAAUAGCCAACUCCUCAAUACCAUCAAGAAUUUCACUAGUGAGCCAUUCACUGAAGGGAAGAACCUAAUGGAUCAAUGGCUAUCAUCGCUGCAAAACUUCUGAAAAACUAUUGUACGUAUCAAUAUUUGAUAACGAAUAAGGUGGGGGUGGUUCUUCGUUUACUUUGUUCAGAGAGUUUGAAGCUAUUAUGCAUUAUAUCUAUGAUAAGAAUAACAAAUUCGAAAAUAACAGAAGAAUCUCAAUAUGUCUAGAAAACGACAAGAAGAAAAUCAGGCGGAAGGUGAUAUAAAAUCUGGAAGAUAAAUGUGCCAGAAUGCUCGGGUUUUAGUCUUGCCAGCAACUGUUUUCGACACGAUGUUCCACUCGAUGUUGCAACACCUUGAACUUUCAAGCCACUGUAAAUUGAAGUUAAAACAGAAUGUAAAUAUUAAUUUGAUUAUAGUUGAGACUUGUUCUGAAGUAGUAGUAUGUAAAUAUUUCAGCUCUUUUGUAGAAAUCUCCGUUUUUAGAUCUCUGAUGCAAAUCUAACAAGAGAAAACAACAUUAUCCAGUUUGACGUAUUCUAAUGUAUGCUGUACAUACAGAGUAAUACUAUGGUUUGUGAUUUAUGUGUUGUACUA